GUGUAGUGCACAGCGUUUAGAAAUCAGAAGCAGGUAACUAACCUUUUCCUUUCUCUCUCCUUUUAUUAUCCUUUAACAGACUGUGAGAGAAACUGGACUUGGAGGUUACCAAAAGGAAGGUGUACUACAAAACUGGGCUGGAACAGAGGUGAAGGAAAAGCAAGGAGGGAAGAAAUUUGCAAGACUUACGUGGCCAAAAGCAAAGUUUAUUGAACCUGGGACAUUUACUUAUUCCGUCACAUUUUAUUGAGGGGGAGAGAGGGAGAAAAGGGACUGGAAGAUCAAGCAGGCUCCGACCUGCUGCGCCUCUCGCCAUCUAUCGCAAGAUUUGCCUUCCCCAAACCAUGUUUGUUUGAUCAGUCUCCGUGAGAAAAUAAACCAUUUAAAAGUGAUUAUGAAUCUAUGAUUGAGCAGCAUGGAAAACCAAACUGGAAGGAUAACUGCGCGAUGCCAGAGGGAAAAUAGACGGCUUGUCUCUUCAGUUUUUCUCACAAAACCUGACUUCAACAGUAUUACAUGCCCCAGAAUGCAGAAAAUGAGUGGCUGUGGUUGGAAAGUUCACCUCUUCAUCCCUUUAAUACUUGGAGUUACGCUGUGCUCAGUGACACAUGCUAUGGAUUUAGACAAUAUCCCCAGAACGACGGUCAAAGUUCAUGAUAUACUUGAUUACAAGCAAUUCAGUCAUAAAGUGCACAACUACACCACAUUUUGGCUUGAAGAGGAACUGGGGCUCCUUUAUGUUGGUGCAAGAGGAGCCAUUUUUGCCCUAAAUAUAAACAACAUCAAUGACAGCUCUGCAAAAGUGAUCUAUUGGGAGGUCUCGGCAGAUAAAAGAAACGAUUGUUUAGAGAAACGGAGUUACACUAAGGUUGACUGCUUUAACUAUGUCCGCUUUUUGAAAAGAUUCAAUGGAACCCAUUUAUAUACCUGUGGGACGUAUGCGUUUCAUCCUCACUGUGCUUACAUUGAGAUCGAGAACUUCACUUUAUCACCGACCUUUGAGGGAAAAGAGAAAUGUCCAUAUGACCCCACAGUUGGAUACACAGGCCUCAUUGUAGACAAUAAAAUCUACAUGGCCACAUUAUAUGGCUUCCAUGGCACAAUCGCAGACAUAAAGAGGCACUUUCAAAAACGCUCACUCAGGAUGGAUGAUUCUCUCCCUUACUCACUGAAUGAUGUAACCUUUAUUGACUCAUUCCUGGUGACAGAAAGUGUCAAUAGCUCCGUGGGAGACGAUGACAAGAUUUACUUAUUUUUCACGGAGAAGCUGAACGAAGAGAAUGUGUUUAAUGGGAAGCCGCUAGUUACUAGAGUGGCUCGUGUCUGCAAGGGCGAUGAGGGAGGAAUGAGAACUCUGCAGAGGAAGUGGACAUCCUUCCUAAAGACCCGAGUUGUGUGUUCUAUCCCAGAGUUUGGCUUCCAUUUCAACAUCCUGAAGAGUACCUAUGUUUUGAACCAAGGAAACUGGCAGAACACCAUAUUCUAUGGGGUGUUUGUAUCACAAUGGCAAAAUGUACAAACGUCUGCCGUCUGCCGAUAUUCCCUUGCCGAUAUUCAGAAGGCAUUUGAGGGGCGGUAUAAGGAAGACCAGGAAUCGACACGGUGGUGGUCAAGAUACAUGGGGAAGGUUCCUGAACCUCGCCCAGGAUCGUGCAUUACAGAUGAAUUCAGGAGAGAGGGCUUCACGACAUCACAUGACCUGCCAGACACCGUUCUGGACUUUGUGAAGAAGCAUCCCCUGAUGGACGAGGAAGUCAGACCCAGGGGAGGAGGUCCGGUUUUUACGAAGGAAAAUGUGAAGUACACAAAGAUUGUAGUGGACACAGUCACAGCACUGGACGAUAAACAGUAUGAUGUGAUGUUCAUCGGCACAGUUGAUGGAUGGCUGCACAAGGUGGUGGACACUGGGUCCAACAUACAGGUCAUAGAGGAGAUCCAGCUUUACGAGAAAGCCCAGCCGGUGGAAAGUCUGGUACUCGCCAGCAGCCAGGGAAUGCUGUACAUCGGAUCACAGAGUGGCGUGAUUCAGCUCCCUGUGGCAAGCUGCCGCAAAUAUUCGACGUGCCUCGAUUGCGUCUUGGCUCGGGAUCCCUACUGUGGCUGGGACGGCAAAGUUUGCCGGGAGAUUCAGAUGGAACAGGGCAGAGCGCAGCUGAUUCAAGACAUUGUGACUGGGAACAAAGGGUGUUUGAACAGCAGUGGAGAUGUUCCUUUGGAAGUGAAGAGUAGAAGAGUCCAGAAAGGAACAGACGUUUUUCUGCAAUGCCGUCUCAGCUCCAACGUAGCCAUUGCAAGAUGGAAAAUCAAUGAGGUUGAUCUCCUGGGUAACGAUGGGAAACAUUACUGCCUAAAAGAUGGUUCUCUGGUGACAAAAGAUGCGCAGGUCACGGACGAUGGAGAAUACGACUGCUUUGCUGAAGAAAACGGAGUUAGGUACGCGGUAGCCUCGUACAACAUCACCGUAAUGGAAAACUCGGCACUCUCACCUUUUUCCCCUCCAACAUCAGCUCAGCGGCAGAUCUCCAAGGGCCGGGAAUUCAUAUAUCUCUUAAUCAUUGCAGUCCUGGCUGCUGUUUCCUUCGUCCUGUCCACCUUGUCCAUCUACCUCUUCUGCUCGCCCUCCAAAAGGGGCAACUACAACGUGCGGCUCCCCAGGUCGUCGCUGGUGGAGCUGCAAAACGUUUCCGGCACUUGCGUGGGGAAGGGCGAAGAGGUGGAGCCGGGCCGUUACCGUGACGACCGCUUCCUGAAGAUAAUCCCCGGCGAGGGGGUGACGACGGGCAACCACAGGACGCCGAGCGCCGAGCUGCUGCCUCCACCUCCCCCCCCGCCUCCUCUCCCGCUCCCUCCUGACCCGUGCUCCUGCAACCCCGAGCCCGCCAGCGCCACCACCCCCAACGGCUUGCCAGGCCUGCCACACGUGCUGAGGAAGAUGAACGGCAACAGCUAUGUCCUGCUGCGGCAGGCUAGUGAGAUGGAGUCCACCUUGCCCCAUUACCACUCCUUCACCGAAGAGCUGAGCAAAAUGUUGGAGAAGCGGAAACACGCUCAGCUGGUGGAGAAGCCGGACGAAAGCUCAGUGUGAGGAGAGCAGAAGUGGUGGGACCUCUCAGCGAGAACUCCAAGUUAUCUACCUCAGUCAGUAUUCAAGGGAAAUCCACCGUGGAAGGGCCUACGUUAGUAUUUUGUCUAAACCUGAGGCCCCUUUACGAUUCCAAAACAAAUUGUGUAUAAAAAGAACCUUCAUCACCUGUAAAUAACCCCCCCCUUGAGCUUUAAUAUAUAUAUAUAUAUAUAUAUAUAUACUUGACUCUGUUUGGAUAGCAAUCAAAAGAGAGAUUUGAUACAAAAUCCAGGAAGCUUACAAAAGACACGCAGGGGGAGAUUAAAAUGAGAGACUCGAGUGAACUUUUGAUGCUUGUCAACCAAACGUGUCAGGUCCCCCAAGCAGGACAGGCUUGAGGGGCUGAAUGGCCUCUUCCUCCUGUUCCUGUGUAACCCAGGGAGAAACUCCUCUUAAAAGGCAGGCUGCUACAGACCCGCAGGACAAUCACAAUGAUGAGAAGUGAAGUGGAGCCCAAGCUUGUCCGAAGGAAGUUUUCUGUGUUUGGAACAGUAUCGAUAUUCCUGUCUGAUAGAGUCCAUCAAAGUGGAAAUGGGGUGUCUGAGCCUUUUGGCUCUGUGGGCCACUUAGACAGGUAACAUAGAGCCUGGGAGCCCAUGUCGAUGGGUUAACUCUAUGGUGCCGUUAAUUUGAAUAUACCCUGAACGGCUGAUGCUAGCGGUUCUCGGUGUUCUGAAGUAGAACUGGCCAACCCACAUAGUACUGAGCAGCCAUUUCCACUUAAACAAACCAGAGGAUAAGAAAUAUGAGUGCACAUAAGAAUGUGGUGUUUGGAUUUUGAUGGCCUGGGAUUGUGGCUCUUCGAGGUCCACAAGCUAUAGUUGGGACACCCCUGCUCUAAAUUGUUUGGUGAACAUUGGUUGAACAACUUGAAAAUCUCCAGAAAGUACUGUACCUCCAAUCCCAUUGUCCUCCCCCAAGCUAUAUUACCUAACAUUCAGGUGCCUUCACCACACCUUUUCUAGGGCACAUAUGCCCACAAGGUUAGAGCAGUAUAAAUUUGAAUUCUUUAUAUGGAGUAGGUGAAAAUUGCAGAAGACCAUUAACGACCAGCCUUCAAUCGGUGGCCCCAUAGGGUAUUUUGACAAUACUUCCAGGUUUUCCAACACUACUACCCAAUCUAAUACUUCUCUGUUGUUCACAGCCCACUGUGGCAUUCAAGAUGACCGCAUGGCUGUACACCCAGGCAGCUUAGAGAGAAUGUAACUGGUAGCACAUGCUUGUGAACUCAGACAUAUAAUGCUAACUGUUCAGAUUCUGUGAGGUGAAUUUCAGGGGUAGUGCAGUGGGUAAGGCAUUGAGCUAAUAACCUGGAGGUCAGGAGCUCAGAUUAAGAAAUUAAAUUGAAAUAAUUCAGAUCAUUUGUGAACUAGAACGAAAAGGUAACUGCAAAAGUUGCUGGCUAAGACCCAACAUGGUUGACUCAUGCCCUUCAAGUAAAUGAACCAGCCACCCAGGACCCAGUCUGUCCUAUAUGUGAUCCCAGCCCAAUAUCAUACAGUUGAUCCUUAGUGCCCUCUGAAGUAGCCCAGUUCAACUGUAAAGAACAAUUGGCUGGGCAACUAAGGACGGGCAAUAGAUAUGACCUUGCUAAUGUUGCUCACAUUGUAAUAUCAUCUGCGAGCCAUUAACAAACUGUGUUAAAAGAGCGCAAUCAGGAAAACGUUCGACAAUUAGCCUGAAAGCAUAAAUGCCCAAUUUCCAAACCUGGCACCUGGCUCUAUUGUGGUUUGAGACUUCACUGAAUUUACCCCAUAAAUUUAUUUCCAUGCUCCUUUCAUGAUAAAUUAACCCCCUAAUGCAGAUAUCACAAUCAUUAUGGGUUAAAAGUAAUGCACGGGGGAAAUGAGAGAUCUUUCCGUGACUGGUGGCAAACGUGUUGACAAAUCAUAGUUGCUUCUGGUGAACUGUGAAAGAACUCACUGCUGGGGUCCUUAAAAUUAACAAUGGCAUUUACAGCUGGGAGUUUUCUCGGAGCUGAUCCUGCUCUAACUAUGCCAGAAGUAGAGCAGAGCUGCAUUCAUGUGGGUAAGCAGGAUUUACGCCAUACUUCCGAUGAAGUUACGGCAGUGGAACCAAUGUUGGCACCAUACAGAGCCCAGUUCACCUGCCCACUGGCAAAGUGUGAUACCCAGUUUAUGUUACACUUGUAACUUCCAGAACUAGGGAAUCCUGCCUUGCAAAGCAGAAGGGGCCAACCUCUGGUGAGAUGACUUUGGUCCCUGCCUCCAAGGUGAAGCUUUGCUGGUGGUGGCAUCAAAAAGGACAAGUGCCUCUUAUCGCCACGUGGUGCCACAGCUAUCACUUUCUGUUGGCACAGGCCAUCAAGGCAAACUUUGAUUGACCCCAAUGACCACAUUUAAAAGAACAAUAGAACCUGCAAUUAUCCAAUGCCAUUAUCACACUAUCAGGAUAUCCUAAAAUCCUUCAAACAACUGGAGCAACAAGAGGAAACUGAAUAUUAAGUGUAACAGAUCCAUUAGCUAAAUAGCUGCUACUGCUGAGGGUAUCAAGGGACAUGGAGCAGAGGAGGGCAAUAGAUUGGAGAUACAGUUCAGGAAUGAUCUCAUUGAAUGGUGGAACAGGCUUGAUGGGCUGAAUGGCCUACUCCUGGUCCUACUUUCCUAUGUAUAGAAUUUGUUUCCCAGUUCAGUGUUAUCACUUGUGUAUUUUAUGUAUAAUUAACCCCCGCAAAUUGAUCCCAUCAGUAUUAACGAACCCGGUGAAAAACCUGAAAUCACAGGUCCUUCGCCUCGCCCUUAUACAACUCAGAACGCUGUCUCCCAGCACAGCCAAACUUUGGAAGAGUGAAAGUCUGCACCUGCACAGCUGGGUGCACUACAAUUGGUCACAGUAUGAAGAUUUCACAAACGGCCCCCAUUAUGCUUUAUUGGGAACUCCUGGUGAUAACAUUGCACUGAAUUAACCCCGUGAUUGAUGCAGGCUGUAUUUUGAUAAGCCCUUCUGUUUAAUAGCCACCUUUGCUGAGAUGGUAGAUCUCUAUGUCUUUGAGUGAAUGUGAAGGGUGCCUGGAACCUAUGCUUGGAAGCACGUAUGUGAUUAUCUGGAGUUGGUUGUUUUGUAACAUAUUUUACAAUGAUAUUGCUGUCAUAUCCUUUACGUCAUGACUAUUGGUCACAAUUCUGACCCAUUGAGUCAUACUUUCCUGCUACCUUUUAUAUCUUAAUUACUGUGAUUAAUUCAAGUGUCACUUCCAAUUAAAAGAUUGCAUGUGUCCCUUCUCAAAGGGGCACAACUGUAAAAUUAAACAAAUUAAAAUGAAAUUUGAUCCCAUGUAUUAAUGCAACAUUUCAGUCUUGUUGGUACCCACUGGUUGUAACAAGGCUCAAGCAUGCCAACGGACAUCGUGUGCACCAUCUCCAGAGACACCCAGGAGCAAUUGCAGCCACAGAAGGGAGGCAGGCAUUUCUGAACAACCCCCUCAAUCACCCGUUGCCUGGAUCUGUUGGUGGCCACCACAGCCAGCCCCAGGAGCAGUCCUACCAGGAAGGCCUCCGACUUGCCCCCUCCUCUCUGCACUGGGUAUCCAAAGAUAAGGACCACUGGACUGAAAUGCAGCCGGAAAUUGAGGUGCAGACCCUUCAGAUAGUGGAAGAGAGGCAGAAACCCCUCACACGCUGCUUCUUCGUGGAACACGGACUUCUCCAGGCCCCAGAAAUUACACUUGGCCUGACAGCCCGUAAAUCUGCUUUAGAAUUUGUUGCAUCUCUCCUCUGCUAAGGUCCCAUGUCAACAAUAUUGUUUAACUCCCGCCUAAUUUUGAACAGUUUGGUUUAGAACCAUUAUUACAGGACUACUUCACUUGCCAACGUGAUGAAUGUAAAAUAUAUAAACCUACCAGACUUAAUAACCUUUUUCCUUUCUCUUGGUAUUGUACAGAAAUCUAGCUGUUGUGUGAAUAGCUUUCACAGGCACUAAAAGCACCUUUCUGCUGUGUUUUUAAGCUUUCCUUUCAGUAGGAACUCUUCUUUGUCUUGCAUGGCACUCGGAAAGAUCGAUUAGCUUACCAUUCUCCUCCGACUCCUGGCAUUGUGCCAUCGAGAUACCAGCGGCAGCUGUGCGGAGAGAUUUGGCCAAUGUCAGCUUGCUGCGUCAAGGGAAACACAAAAUCUUAGCGAUUGCUUAUCAGAUCCAAUCUUUUGGCAUUUUUACUUGAAGAUUUUUGGGUUCAACUCCUUGUUACAGGGCAUGAGUUGCCCUGGCAGCUGCCCAGAUGUAUUUAUACAGAAACAUUUGCUAGUGAACUAUAUAUAUUUUUCCACAUUAGGAAAUGUUAAUUAUUGUUGAAGAUCAGUAAAUAAACACCAUAUGUUUCUUUGAAACUGA